AUGUGUCUCAGAGGCUCAUUUCCUUACUCUUCAUUUCUGCUCAUGCAAAUGCCGAGCCGACCGCCAUCUCGCAACGUUUUCUUGGAUUAUUCCUGUUUGCGUACCGUACCCUGGGACGGAAUGACCGACUGUAAGGCCCAUCGCGUUCGUCGACAAGGACUCCAGAAGGCAUCAUCGGCGACCAUAGAGAGGGUCACAUUUCCGCACCUCUGUACCAAGAGUUUCAGCAGUAUCGAGAAACACAACUCCUUGAGCGACCAGGACCUCAAUUCCAUUAAAGCACUUCAUGAGGGCACCUGCCCCAAACAGCCCUCGAAAAAAAACAAGAAGUCUAAGGAAAAGUCUUAUAUUAUCGACGAGGCACAGUAUGAGCGCCUCAAGAACCCAGGUUGGAAACAGACUUCCGUUCCACAUGAACGCAACGAAGACGGUGGCAAGGAAAACGUUUCUGAACGGAGCUGGAGACAGAUUCGUGAAACUAUCUUUCCCAGCACCAUCGGCAAUGUCGUAGCUUCGGCUGAGAACAGACCCAAGAACGAGAUGUUCUUGAUGCAGUUCGGAAACCUACAUGUCCCGACACAGCAAGAGAUGAAUCCGAACUCUUUAUCUUUGCCCACGGGGGAUGAUACAUCUCAUCUUUCAACCAUCUUGUCUGCAGUGACUGGGCCUCAAACAUAUCCUUCGACGGUUGCUUUUUCCGACCCCGGGGCGGGUAGCAAGGAUAUUUACAACUUUGGUCUUGCCGACCUGGCAGAUCAGGAUCCUGUGUAUCAUCCACCUCCCGAUAUCCCAGAGCAUGAAUCUUCAAGCUCUUUGACUGGUACCGGAGAAUGGGAUAACUUGGAUAUGUUCAACAUAGACCCAGAAUUUAACAUUGAGUCGAACUCUUGGCUCGAAAGUUUUGACCAGAGUGACUUGGGAAAAGGGGCGUAA